AAUCCAGUACAAACCCAACCUCUUUUUAUUUUCCCAUUGUCACAUAUUGUAUCUCUCCACCACUGAUCAUCACUCUUCUCUCUCUCUCUCAACUUAUCAUUCCUUCAAAAAUACUUUCAUCUAGAGAUAGAGAGAGAGAGAGAGAGAGAGAGAGAGAGAAAGAUAUGGAAAUGGAAAACCAAUUAUGGGAGGGAUAUGUUGAUUGGAGAGGCAAAGCUGCUGUGAGAACCAAACAUGGCGGUAUGAGAGCUGCCAUCUUUGUUUUAGUUGUGGAGGUAUUGGAGAAUUUGGCGUACCUGGCGAAUGCAAGCAACUUGGUGUUGUACCUUACGCAAUACAUGCAUUUUUCGCCGUCGCAGGCGGCCAACUCCGUCACCAAUUUCAUGGGAACGGCGUUUCUUUUAGCCCUUCUGGGUGGAUUUUUAUCCGACGCUUUCUUCACCACAUACAAUAUCUACAUAAUUAGUGCCCUUACUGAGUUCCUGGGUCUAAUAUUAUUGACAAUGCAAGCAAAGUCAAGUUCCCUACAACCCCCAAAAUGUGACAAAAAACAACAAGAAAUGCAAUGCCAACAAGUUGGUGGUGCAAAGGCUGCACUUCUUUUCUCAGGGCUAUAUCUAGUGGCGCUGGGCGUCGGCGGGAUCAAGGGUUCCUUGCCGGCCCACGGAGCCGAGCAGUUUGACGGCAGCACGCCACGUGGCAGGAAGCAGAGAUCGAGUUUCUUCAACUACUUCGUCUUCUCCCUCGCCGCUGGGUCCCUCAUCGCCGUCACAUUAGUGGUAUGGAUCGAAGACAACAUUGGUUGGCAAUGGGGAUUCGGAAUCUCCAUGCUCACCAUACUUUUGUCCAUACCCAUGUUUCUAGCUGGUUCCAGCUUUUAUAGGAACAAGAUCCCUCUUGGAAGCCCUCUAACCACCAUAUCUAAGGUCCUGAUAGCGUCAUUGCUGAACUCAUGCACGGCGCCAAGUUCCAGCAACGCCGUGGCAAGCAUGUCGAGCAGCCCGCCACGGUGCAAGGAAGAAGAAGAAGAAGAAGACGAAAACGGAGACAGAAGCACGAAACCCGAAUCCCCAUCGGAAAGCCUGAAAUUCCUGAACAGAGCAGCAGCAAACACAGAAUCAUCGAAGCUGAAAUGCUCAGUGCAGCAAGUGGAGGAAGUGAAGAUCGUGUUCAAAUCCCUCCCAAUCUUCGCUUGCACCAUAGUCCUCAACUGCUGCCUCGCCCAGCUCUCCACCUUCUCGGUCCAGCAAGCCGCCACCAUGAACACCCGCCUCGGCCCCCUCAAUCUCCCCCCGGCCUCCCUUCCCGUCUUCCCCGUCGUCUUCAUCAUGAUCAUCGCCCCUCUCUACGACCACGCCAUCGUCCCCUUGGCCCGCCGCAUCUCCAAAUCCGAGAUGGGGAUUUCGCACCUCCAACGCAUCGGCGCCGGAUUAGUCAUCUCCGUCGUCGCCAUGGCCGCCGCCGCCCUAGUCGAGACCAAGCGCCGGACAGCCGCUCACGAUAAACUCGACUCGGACUCUCCUCUGCCGCUCACGUUUCUCUGGAUCGCGUUUCAGUACCUUCUCCUCGGAUCGGCGGACCUGUUCACGUUAGCAGGCCUGCUUGAGUUCUUCUUCACGGAGGCGCCGUUUAGCAUGAGAUCGCUCGCCACUUCCUUGUCCUUCGCGUCCCUGGCGAUGGGGUAUUACCUCAGCACCGUCAUCGUGUCGGUCGUGAACAGCAUCACGGCUCGCGCCGGUGGCCAGCCGUGGCUCGCUGGAGCUAACUUGAAUCACUACCAGCUGCAUAGGUUUUACUGGCUAAUGUGCGCCUUGAGCGGUUUGAACCUUUUGCAUUAUCUUUUUUGGGCUAAUAAGUAUAAGUACAGAUCGCAUCACGGUGGCCGUGGCGUUGCGAGUUCAAUGGAGGGACGGGACAUUGGUUAGAAUGGUGCCGCAUUGGGCCUUUUUUAGUUAACAAUUUGAUGUAUAUAGGUCACUUAAUGCUCUGUGUAUGAUCAUGUGUGAAUUUCUAAAUUUCCCAUGUUACUUUUUUUUA